GGGAGAGGGGGAGAGUGGAGAGUAGUGUAGGGACCAAACAGCAAACGUAGCUUUCGGGCUACUGUUUCUGUUCGGGGUUUCUGAUAAUAAACUGAGAUAAGGAAAGGGGAAAAAGGCAAAUCCAUUUUACACUCAACAGUCACUCCCCCACCCACACACCACUGUAGAGAGAGAAAGAGAGCAGAGCAGAGCCAGAGGAAUAGGCUUUGCCUUUGACCGGACCACCAUUAAAAUUGAAGCUUUCUCCUCGGGAAUUUGAAACAAAAAGCUUCCCUCUGCACUACUCUACUGCCACAACCUUUCAUGUGGUCUUUGGACUUCAUCUUGCUCGGAUUUUCUCUGAGUUUGUUCGAAUAUUUUCUGGGUAAAUCAAGCUGAAACUGACCGGAAAUUUGUUCGUUGCAGCAGUUGUUGCUGUUGUUUUCUUGUUUCAUUCACCUAUUUCUUUCUUUCUUUUUUUUUUCCGAAUUCUGGAAGUUUACUUCGUUUAUUAAGCCUCCAGAUGUACUUGUAAAUAAUGCUGAAAUUUUGUUCGGGUUAUUAAUUUUGGUAUCGUUUUGCACUGAUUGAGCUUCUUUUUCGUCGGGUUCGGGUUUAUUAUUUCAGAACGGCGAUCUGAAAUUCGUUUGGGAAGUCGUAGUGUCAUAACAUUGAGUUCAAGUUCUUCGAGUUUCAGUUCAUUGAGUUGUUUUUCUCUCCAUUUCUCGGCAAUUUUAUUCACUUGAACUUCUCUCUCAGAAUUAAAUUUUCAUUUUCCGGACUUGGAAUUCCAGAAGAAACUUCAGUAUCACAAUUGACUAAUAAAAUCGGUGGUUAUCCUCAGUAGAUGGAACCAAAAGUUGAAGCAACUCAACCGCAGUUUAGAUCCGGAAUAUCCGGAGCCAACCCCGUAGAAAUGGGGUUGGGAUUUGACGAAAUCCACGGCCUAAUUUCUGCUGCACCGGGAACUGGCGGCAGCUCAUUCACGGCGCUUCUCGAACUCCCUCCGCCGCAAGCUGUGGAGCUCUUGGUCAAAGAGGAUUUUCCGGUUAAACCUAUGCCGCCGCCAAUUUUCCCUUCCAACAUUGCCCUUAUCGACCGUGCGUCAAAGUUCUCUGUCUUCGCUUCGGCCGAUAAUUCGCCGGAGAGUACAAAUAUUUUGUCGGCUUCAAGCUCGAUGAAGCUUGAUUUAGUGAAGCAAGAGCCGUUGGAGUCGGACUCCCACCCGAAUUCUUCUUCACCGGCUGUCUCAAAUCAGAGUUUAAAGUCCAACAAGCGAAAGGAGAGGGAGAAAAAGGUUAAAGAAUCGAAUAAAAAGAGUAAAAAAGUGGUAGCAAAUGAAGCGUCUGAAGAUAGCGGCGAGAAGCUGCCAUAUGUUCAUGUCAGAGCUCGCCGUGGCCAAGCCACUGAUAGCCAUAGCUUAGCUGAAAGAGCCAGAAGAGAAAAGAUCAAUGCCAGGAUGAAGCUAUUACAGGAGCUGGUCCCAGGAUGUAACAAGAUUUCAGGUACUGCAAUGGUGCUGGAUGAGAUAAUAAAUCACGUUCAAGCACUUCAACGUCAAGUGGAGUUUUUAUCUAUGAGACUUGCUGCUGUUAACCCAAGAAUCGAUUUCAACCUUGAUGCCCUCUUGGCUGGAGAAGGUGGAUCCUCAAUUGAUAAUAGCUACCCCGGCACAUUUGCUCCAUCCAUCUGGUCUGAAGGACAAAUCAACGGGAGCAGACAACACCAAUAUCAGCAGCCAUGGCAUUUCGAAGGUCUUCAUCAGCCUUCCUGGGGCAGAGAAGAAGACACGUCUAACUUCAUUACCCCAGAGACCUCACUGUUAAGCUACGACUCUCCAGCAAAUUCUGCUUCUCUGCACUCAAGCCACCUCAAAAUGGAGCUGUGAAGGAGGGCAGGAGGUUUCCCAGUAGCUAGGCUUGUACAUAUCGGAUAUAUUAGCAAGUACUUAGUGGAAAUUUUAGAGAGAUUACCUCAGCAUUGUGCUUGGAUUUCCAUUCAUGCAAUUGCUGUCACAUGGAAAUCCUCAUUGAUUUAUCCAGAGGAAGAAGCAGACUUAGUUUGCCAAUAUAUAGAUAGUUAUAUAUAUAUAUAUAUAUAUAUAUAUAUCAGGGACGACUUGAUGUGUAAAACCACUGGAUAUAUUGUUAAUCUAGAUUUAUUUAUGCUUUUGCGAUUUU